UGUGUUAAAACUUUAAAAGUUGUAUUUUUGAAAUUUGACUGUCUCAAAAAUUCAAACGCAUCCUUACACCUACAGAUCAAAUAAUGUUUUUAGACCAAUGCCAAUCUGCUGAUCUGCUCUUUGUUCUAAACCCUGUAAAGUCGUUAAUUUGAUGUUCUUCAACAUAUGUGAGUUAUACUAGUGUCAAUUAAAGGCAGAAUCGUAAGAUUCUUUUUCAUACAUAAAAUCAAACAUUUACUUCAAAAGAAUAUAAUUAAAAUGAGUAAACGAGCUGUGGAAAAUGUAGAAGAUUGUUCUUCAAAGCAAGCCUCCAAGCGAAAUAAGCAUUGGUCAUUAGGUUUAGUAGAAUCAAUGAAAGAUCCUGAAGUAAUUUACAAAGAAACAAAAUCAAUAGUUGUUAUAAAAGAUAAGUACCCUAAAGCUAUGAUUCACUAUCUUAUUUUACCACGUGAAGAAAUCAGUAGUAUUUAUAAGUUGAAUAAAACACAUUUAAAUCUUCUCAAUGAAUUUGGUUCCAUGUUUAAUUUAAUAAAAGAAGAACAUGACUCUGAGCUUCGAGCUGGUUUUCAUGCAGUUCCAAGUAUGCAAAGGCUACAUAUGCAUGUAAUUAGUACAGAUAUGAAUUCACCAAGUCUUAAAACUAAAAUACAUUGGAACAGCUUUACGACUAGCUUUUUUAUACCUUAUGAAGAAUUGAUUAAAAAGCUGACAGAAGAUGGUUAUAUUCAAAAAAUCUCAAAUGACACACAUAAAACACUUAUGUCAUUGCCACUGAAAUGCAACCAGUGCAGUUUUGAACCAAAAAAUAUGCCACAAUUAAAACAACAUUUACUAAGUCAUAUAAAAUAAAUAGAAACCAACAAAUAAAACUCCAUAGUUAUAUAAAAAACAUGAUUUUACCUGGUUUUAUUUUGUACAGAAAAUGUGAUUACAAAAUGGUUGUCUAUAUCAACUUAAAAUAAAAGUAUACAGAGUGUAAAGAAACAUUCUUAUAUUUAAAUUGAGCAGUAAAACCUAUCAUGCAUAAUAAUUAAAGCUUUUGUUUAAUUUCAAACAUGUUAAAAUAUGUUAGUGUACAUAAUAUAUUUAUUUUUUCAUAAGUACCAUGCUUGAAAAUCAUAAAAUCCAAUAAAAGUCAUAACUAAAAUAGGUCAUGAUGUGUCUCUGGUAUUAUAUUAAAUCAUUAUCAGAAAUUGCACUCAAUCAAUUGCCAAAGUUUUAAAAGAAAUUAUUUCCUAUUAUCUACUUAAUGAUAUAUUUAUUAACAUCUCAGUAGAAUUAUGGUAUAAAAAUUUUAUCGCUUUUAUUAAGAGUAACAUCUCACAAUCAUGGGAUGACGAUUAGUUGGAAAAAUAAUCCUCAUGAAAAUGAA